AUUGUCUGAAGGGAAAUCCAUAAUUCAGCGCGUAUACCCCGGGCCGCGAAUUAGUCGAAAGUUUGGUAUCUUUUGAAGCUUCAAAGUACUCAUAAAAUCGCAGUCGCACCGACUCUCGCAUUGAGUAUCAAGUACCGGUAUAUCUUGAUUCCGGGCGACUGUCGUUGCCGGGUAAUUGAUACAAUUCCAUAUAAUGCAGCCCCGACAAGAUCCCGCUGAGAGAGUCGCAAACGCUGCAAAAGACCCGGCCUCAGAUUGUGAGCAUUAAAAUGAUACGAGUAGAUACGAAAGCAGAAACACCAGCAAGCCAGUGCAAACAUCAGCAGAUGCCGCAGUCCAACAUGGUUUUAUGAUCAGCCCCAAAACGCAACCCCAGCAGCUCGAAUUUGCGCAGCAACAAACCAGCAACCAGGAGGAGAUCACAGACCAGAUCCCAGCAAAAAAAAUCCAACAGCAUGUCGGACAGCAAUGAAAACUCUGGCGGACUGGCGAAGACAGCCUCCUCUCCCACUGCCCUCAAUCUAGUGACGAAGCGCUCCACGCUUCGACACAGCCAGCUGUCGGACAGUGGUGCCGAGAGUUGUGGCGACGGCGGCGACGAACAGGCGCGUCUCAUACGCUCGUCCUCCUCCCGUGCCCAUAAGUACAUUAUAAUACCGGCCACACCCACACCCGGAGCGACUGCCACGGUGACCUUCACCCUUGACGAUUGCGAUCCGGCGAUCCCGGCUCCCAUCUCGCCCACGCCCGCGACCCUGACCUGCACCACCACCACGACAAUGUCCGGGGAUACGGUGGCCGUGUCGCCGCUCAGCAUGGAUCUGCGCCGGAUCGGCAGCCACAGCAGCAGCAUGCGCUCAGUUGUUUCAGGUUACAUGCCUGCCCUUAACGACAGCAGUGGCAAUCUUGUGGGUGGCAGUGCGGUUGCCACUUCUGGGCUGCAUGCCCCCAAUCCGCUGUAUAUGCAACCGCAGGCCUCGCUGAGCGGCAGUUCCUAUCUAUUUCACGAUUUGCCCGCCCAACAGAUCUACUCGGAUGUGACAUCGGUCCGCUCCCUUGCCUCCAUUGGCAUUGGAUCCACAGACGGACGGAAGUUGGUCAUACGUCGAGUGCCGACCACCGCCAACGAGCUGUUCGACAUGGUCAAUCCCCAGACACCGCCGCCUCUGGGCAUCGAUGACGAUGACAGCUACAUGGAUAUGUCCGACGACGCUGUGCAGCUGAAGCCACGCCAGCAGCACUGGGCCAACAAGAUGCAGUUUGUCUUGGCCUGCAUCGGAUACUCGGUGGGUCUGGGAAACGUCUGGCGCUUUCCCUACAUGUGCUACAAGAGCGGCGGUGGUGUUUUUCUAGUGCCUUAUUGCAUAAUAUUGUUCAUAUGCAGCAUUCCGCUGCUAUUUAUGGAGCUGUCUGUGGGCCAGUACACUGGCCGUGGACCCAUCGGCGCCCUGGGUCAACUAUGUCCUUUGUUCAAAGGAGCUGGACUCGCUAGUGUGGUCGUCUCGUUUCUCAUGUCCACAUACUAUAGCGUCAUCAUAGGUUAUUCAAUUUACUACUUCUUUACGUCAUUUAAAACGGAGAUGCCCUGGAUUGACUGCAACAACAGAUGGAAUACGCCGGACUGUUGGGUGCCGCAACGCAAGGAAAUCAAUGCCAGUGCACCGGACACAUCACGCACCCCCUCAGAGGAGUUCUUUGAAAAUAAGGUGCUACAGAUUAGCGGUGGCCUGGAAUAUCCGGGAAUGAUGCGAUGGGAGCUCUUCGCUUGUCUUAUUUGUGCCUGGCUAAUGGUUUACUUUGCCACAUGGAAGUCGAUCAAGUCUUCGGCCAAGGUGCGGUACUUUACGGCCACUUUUCCGUUUGUGCUCAUCAUCAUACUAAUGGUGCGAGCCGUGACGCUCGACGGGGCGGCCGAGGGUCUGCGCUUCUUCUUCCGACCAAAGUGGUCGGAGCUGAAGAACGCCAAUGUGUGGAUCAAUGCCGCCUCCCAGAACUUCAAUUCGCUGGGCAUUACCUUCGGAUCCAUGAUCUCCUUUGCCAGCUACAACAAGUACAACAACAACAUACUCCGCGACACGAUUGCGGUGAGUGCAGUGAAUAUGAUAACCAGCCUGCUGGUUGGCAUAUUCGCCUUCUCCACACUGGGAAACCUAGCACUGGAGCAGAACACCAAUGUGCGAGACGUCAUUGGCGAUGGGCCGGGCAUGAUAUUUGUGGUGUAUCCACAGGCCAUGGCCAAAAUGCCGUACGCUCAGCUGUGGGCGGUCAUGUUCUUCUUCAUGCUGCUCUGCCUGGGCCUGAACUCUCAGUUUGCCAUUGUCGAGGUGGUGGUCACGUCUAUACAGGAUGGCUUUCCGCGCUGGAUUAAAAGGCACCUGGGCUACCACGAGAUAGUUGUGCUUUUUGUCUGCGUUAUCUCGUGCCUCUUCGGUAUGCCGAACAUCAUACAGGGUGGGAUCUACUACUUCCAGCUGAUGGACCACUAUGCUGCCUCGGUGACGAUUAUGUUUCUAGCCUUCUGCCAAAUGAUCGCCAUAGCCUGGUUCUACGGCACCGGACGAUUAUCGAAGAAUGUUAAGCAGAUGACCGGAAAGGCUCCAUCAUUCUAUCUCAGAUCCUGUUGGCUUGUGCUGGGACCCUGCCUGCUCUUUGCCAUUUGGGUUCUGAGUCUCAUCAACUACCGUGAGCCAACGUAUCAUAAUGGGAGAUAUACUUAUCCAGACUGGGCGUAUGGCAUUGGAUGGAUGUUCGCAUCUUUUUCACUGAUCUGCAUACCAGGGUAUGCGCUAAUCAACUUCCUGCGGACCGGCGGUGACAGCUUUUGGGAUCGCAUCAAGAACACGCUACGACCAAAUAUCUACGAGUGCAAGAUCUGUGGCGAACAUCACUGCGAACACGACUACCCAGAACAGGAACAGUACAUGCUGGCCCAGGAGCUGGCCACCGUGUACAGGCCCACAACCAGCCACCUACAUCAUUUGGGAGCAAAAUCCGGCUAUAAUGCUAUGCAGGCCUCGACCACGGGCCCCCAGGGGUCCCACUCGGAAUACAAAUAUCAGUCCAAGGCCCACGCCGAGCCACCACCGAACACGACAGAUGAGCAAAAUGGCAAAUAGGCUAGCGCUUGGCACGAAUAUCCUGUUCAACUAAAACCGAUUUCUGAGUAUUUUUAAUGAAUCAUUUUUCUGGCUUUCCAUGAUUAAAUCAAACUAAAUAAAUUAUCGACAUUGUCAUGAACAAUCGA